GAGUUAAAGCGGUGCCAAACCGGGUUAUUUCUCCAGUGCGGAUGCAGCAAGAGAGAGCGAGAGAAGGCGGAUGGAAAAAAGAGCCAGCCCCUCUCUUUGACUUUUACUUUCGUUUGUGUUAGAAAACGAAGAGGAGAAAGGCGACAGGGAAAGAGAAACUUCCCUGGUGCCAAGAUGUCCAACAGCGUCCGCUGUAAACUGGUUGACUAUAUCGAUGACCUACGACAUGACGAGUAUAAGAAAUUUAAGAUGCACCUUGAAGAAUAUCCAAUUGAGGAGGGCUACAAGCCCAUUCGGCGCAGUAAGACCGAGAAGGCAGACGCCACUGAGAUUGCGCGACUCAUGGUCUGGGCAUAUGAGGAGGCCAAGGCAUUGCAGAUGGCAGUCAGCAUCUUUGAGAGAAUAAAUAGGAAGGAUCUGUCGGAAAGAGUCAGAAGAGAGAUGCCAUCAUAUUUCCGGCAGAGUACAAAGCCUUUGACCAAGGAGGAAGAAAGAAGAAAGAAUGAAAAAAUAUGUUCAAAUCUCUACGACAAGUUUUUUGGGACUGAGAAAAAAGUGGAGGUGAUAUUGGAUCCCAAGACCGCCUUCCCUACCCUUGUCCUUUCUGAGGAUCGAAAAAGUGUAUAUCUGGGCAGCCAUGCCCAACCUCUUCCCGACAACCCUGAGCGCUUCCGUUUUAUUCCAUGUGUCCUGGGAGCAGAAGGAAUUGAUUCUGGGACCGUGGAAUGGGUGGUGGAAGUGGGCAAGGCCAAAUCGUGGGCCAUAGGUGCUGUCCGGAAAUCAAUAGACAGAAAGGGGUACCCGUACCUCACUGCUACUGAAGGUUGUUGGCUCCUGAAACUGAAUGGGGGAGAAUAUGAGGCUUCUACCACCCCUUCCACCAUUCUUCCACUGUGGAAAUCUCCACAAAGUAUCAAGAUACACCUGGAGUAUGAUUUUGGCAUCCUUACCUUUUAUGAUGCUAAAUCCAUGGAGCGUCUCUUCACCUUCAACUAUCCUUUCUCCGAGGUUAUGUUUCCUUUUUUCCAAGUCUGGGACACAGAGAUCCCCCUGAAAAUCUGUCCUUGUGAUUAA